CUAAACCAAAAGCUUCUCUAGCACUGAUAACAGAGUAAAACCAACGAUAUCUCAACCAAAUCAGCAACAGUUCAGAGUCUGUACUCUUAUUUAUUUCUCUCUCUCCAAGUUCGACUUCUACAAAGUUCAACCUCUCGGACUCGACGACACAGUAAUGGCAGUUUUGACUCCGAGUUGUUUUUUCAGAGUUUUGAAUUUAGUGACGCUAUCUCCACCGUUGGAUCCUCCUUCAGUGGCUAUUACAAAUGUGUUGUUCUUAUAGUGUUCCUUUCGUGUUCGGGUCUUAUGUACAUUUAUAGCGUGAUCUGAUCUCGCCGUUGAUUUAUUUAAAAUCUCGCAGAUCUGAAUCGUUUGUGUUAGUUAACGGCGUCGGUGAUGUCGGUGCUCGCAGUUUUUAAUAACGCCGGAGUACUAAAAGAGGUUCAACAUUUCUUGGCAAAACUUUUGGUUAUUUUAUAUAGCGUGAUUUUCAUCACCAAUGCCAAUUCAGCUAACAAUCUACUCGAAGUACCACCAGUAUCUCCAACUCGAGCACCUUUGCCUGCACCAGCGAUUCCUGAUCUGCCCCUGCCAGCCAAUGUGCCACAGUUUCAUAGACCACGUCAUAAACAUUUCUCACUACAUGGUGCACCAACUGUUGCUGUUGCACCAGCCCAUUCUCCUUUCCAUGGUCCCUUAGUUACAUCUGGCCAUCCCCCUACAAGCUCAAGUGUGUCUAAACCAUCAAUGAAGAGGAGCACAUUAGUGCCACCCAGUGCUGGCUUGGCAAAUAUUGCCCCUGCACAGUUCAGUAAUGGUGCACUUCCUGCUGGUUUAGCUCAGCCACCUCUGUCUCCUGAUUCCUCUGGUUGUUGCAAACCUGACACAGUGUUGAAACGAGGAAGUCAUGGUUGCCACUGUGUGUAUCCUAUAAAGCUUGACCUUCUCCUCUUAAAUGUGUCACAAAACCCUAAUUGGAAUCUAUUUCUUGAAGAAUUAGCAUCCCAGCUUGGUUUGCGAGUUUCUCAAAUUGAGCUGAUCAACUUUUAUGUUGUCAGCUUAUCACAAUUAAACAUCUCAAUGGAUAUUACUCCACAUACAGGGAUCAGUUUUUCUACUUGGGACGCAGCUGCAAUAAAUUCUUCACUUUCCACACAUAAGGUUCAUUUUGACUCUGCAUUGGUGGGUGAUUACAAACUCCUUAAUCUUACCUGGUACGAGCCUCCAGCACCUUCUGAAGCUCCUAUUAUUGGUUCGUCACCUUUGAAAGCACCAGCGUAUCAAACAUCGACUUCUUCAUCAUUUGGUGCCUCAAAUAAAGGGAAACACUCAAAGUUGAUUCUUAUAUUUGGUAUUGGUGCUGGCCUACUGGUCAUUGCUGUUAUAUCUGUGCUUAUUAUUUGUUCGUGUGCAUUGUGUGAAGGAAAGAACAAAGCCUCUCCUAAAGAAACUGCAAAGCCAAGGACUGCAGAUGCUGUUCCUGCAGCCGGAUCUCUUCCUCACCCUACCAGUACACGAUUUCUGGCCUAUGAAGAGCUUAAAGAAGCAACAAACAACUUCGAACCCGCAAGCGUACUAGGAGAGGGUGGGUUUGGGAGAGUUUUCAAGGGUGUUUUAAGUGAUGGUACUGCUGUAGCAAUCAAGAGGCUUACCAGUGGAGGGCAACAAGGAGAUAAAGAGUUUUUGGUUGAAGUUGAGAUGCUUAGCAGGUUGCAUCACCGUAAUCUAGUGAAACUUGUCGGUUACUAUAGCAGUCGCGACUCAUCGCAACACCUGCUUUGUUACGAGCUUGUUCCUAAUGGAAGCUUAGAGGCUUGGCUCCAUGGUCAUUUAGGUGUAAACUGUCCUCUGGAUUGGGACACCAGAAUGAAGAUUGCCCUAGACGCUGCAAGAGGACUUGCAUACCUCCAUGAAGACUCACAACCUUGUGUUAUUCACAGAGAUUUCAAGGCAUCCAAUAUAUUGCUUGAGAACAACUUCGAUGCCAAGGUUGCUGAUUUUGGUCUUGCCAAACAGGCACCUGAAGGCAGGACAAAUUACCUAUCUACUCGUGUGAUGGGCACCUUUGGGUAUGUUGCCCCCGAGUAUGCUAUGACUGGACACCUACUGGUAAAAAGUGAUGUUUACAGCUAUGGGGUUGUCCUCCUUGAAUUGCUAACUGGAAGGAAGCCUGUGGAGAUGUCACAACCCUCUGGACAAGAGAACUUAGUCACUUGGGCCAGGCCAAUUCUUAGAGACAAGGAUCGACUGGAAGAGCUUGCUGAUCCAAGGCUUGGAGGAAAGUACCCAAAGGAAGAUUUUUUACGGGUUUGCACCAUUGCAGCUGCUUGUGUUGCUCCUGAAGCAAGUCAAAGGCCCACAAUGGGGGAAGUGGUACAGUCACUAAAAAUGGUACAGCGUGUCACUGAAUAUCAGGAUCCAGCAUUAACCUCUUCGAAUAAUCGGGCCAACCUGAGACAGUCAUCAACUACUUUCGACUCUGAUGGGACAUCUUCAAUGUUCUCUUCUGGUCCGUACUCUGGUCUAAGUGCAUUUGAUAAUGACAACAUCUCCCGGACAGCAGUUUUCUCUGAAGAUCUUCAUGAAGGACGGUAGACACUUGAAAGUAAGUUAACCAGAAACCUUAAAUCUUUUGAUGCUCAACACAACAUUAAAGAAUUUCCCAAGUAGAAACAGUAGGAUGUUUUAGAAGUUUCAUAGGUUUUGCAAUUGUGAUGGGUGGCCGGGGCAAUGGGUGCUCUUUCGUUUUACUUAUUGGAGAAACACUGUUCAGUGUUCAAUUUUCCCCUGGACAGCGGUUCUCUACAUGGUGGAUGGAAUCUUGUAUAUAUAUCUCCUUGUAGCUUGUUUCAUUGGAUUGGCUUUCCAAGGUUAUAAUUAAUUUUUUUCUCUUUUGUUUCUUCUA